CAGAUAUCAUUGAUCAGUGUAAAUUGGUGCUCAAAUUUCCACCUGGCACAAACAGUAACUGGGUCAAGAACUACUCCAUGAUUUUGUUCCAUGUAUAAUGCACAGUUUAAAAUUUAUGAGCCCCUGGAAUAUCAUUAUGAUGUCUGUGAGGCCAUCCUAUUGUGGGAACAGUACCGCAACAUGACAACAGUCUUAACAAGGGAAUAUCUAGAUGUCAGACCGGAUGGAUGGUUAGACUAUGCUGCAAAGAGGAUUGCCCAGUUAGGUGCAGAUAAAUGCUACAACCAUUCCUUGUGUGAGGAGCAUCUCAAUUUGAUUUUACCGUCAAAGCCUCCUUUCCACCCUCGUCAGUUUAAGACUUGUGCAGUUGUCGGAAACUCAGGGGAUCUCCUAAAGACAGAAUUUGGACAGGAAAUUGAUGAACAUGAUGCUGUCUUUCGAGAUAAUGAGGCUCCUGUUAACAAGAAAUAUGCCAAAUAUGUGGGUCUGAAAAGGGACUUUCGCCUUGUUGUACGAGGUGCUGCCCGUAAUAUGGCUGCCAUUCUGAAUGGAUCAAAUGAUGAGGUGCUCAUAAUUAAAAGUGUGACCCAUAAAGAUUUUAAUGCAAUGAUAAAGGAACUUCCAAACCCUGUAUAUUUAUUCCAAGGUAUUGUUCUUCGACGUGGAGCCAAAGGAACUGGAAUGAAGUCUAUAGAGCUAGCCCUUUCAAUGUGUGACAUUGUGGACAUUUAUGGUUUUACUGUAGAUCCUGGCUACACAGAAUGGACGCGUUACUUCUCCACCCCAAGGAAAGGACACAAUCCGUUGCAAGGAAGAGCAUAUUAUCAGCUUCUAGAGUGCCUUGGUGUUAUUAGGAUCCAUUCUCCGAUGAGAUCUGAAAGAAAACAAGAUUGGUCCGACGUUCCAAGCAAGGAAGACAUCAAGAAUGCUCACAGUGCUGCUCUCCGUGUUAAGAAAGCCUCAUCUGGGGAAAUAAAUGAUUCGGGGCCCUAUGUUAGUUGUAAAGUAUGGGGUACAGUGGAUCCAGACAGCAGCGAACAAAUCUCAGGAUCUCCGGACAUGAGUGAUACUAGAAAACAUUCCAACUAUAGCAAGUGGGAAGUUGUGCCUUUUGAGAGCCUAAGGAGAGAAGCACGGGAACACUAUUUUCAAUUAGGUGGGGUUUCUAUGUAUAAGAUGGAUGGAAACAAAUUGGAUGAUCUUGUAUGCGUGAGACAUGUUUUGCCAUCAGAAAAGCUCAGUCGGUAGAAGUUUGAGAAACCUCAAUGGAACUUGCAGAAGAGUAUUUGAAGACUGGGCUUCAAAGUGGUGGAUCCUCAACUUUGGAUUCACUGCGUAUUGCAAUAGUAGUUCGGGCGAUGUUCUUACGAAACCUCAGGCUUUCAGGCAUUCAAGAAAUCUGAUAUCAACAAAGUGACAGUUUCUAUUGAGGAGCAUAACACGAAAUUGUUAUUAUUGAUGUUUUGUCCUUUGUCAGGUUACAUACGGAUCAUUUCGGCCAUUGUUGGCAUGUUCUCUGUAGCAGCAGACUAGACAGAAGCGACUGUCAGAAAUUCACAAUGAUGUAAUCUGAUUGCACAAAUACACGAUACUAGUGAUUGCACUGA